ACAAUCGCAUGACGGCGGCGAGAGAGAGAUGGCUUUGCCAUCGUUUCUCGACACGUACCUCACCCGCGGUUCGCUCGACGACGCUCUUUGAAUGUUUUGCUUGCAAGCGAGCGGACUGUAUUUAUGCAUGGAUUGUUCAGUUAUGCUUAACAUAGUGACACUUUUAACGUUGCAUAGUUGCGUACUCUGUGAUCUCCUUCAUGUAAAUAUGACGCACGGAACACGAGCUCUCAUGCAGAUGUUUGUUCUCACUAGUCGUUUCCGUCGUAUGACUCCUUGCUUGGACAGGAAUGAACUUUCAUGCCAACUCUUUUUGCAGCGGGAGACGAUUCGUACAAGGCACGAUAGCAGUAUCGUCGUACACACGUUAUACAAGUGGAGAAUCGACGUGCUCCGUCAUUUUCUGUCAUGAUAAUGGCGUACGGUCGACGCUUGCAGGCACCCGGAAACUCGACUUGUCCUGCAUAGAAUCUGUUGGAGGAGCAUCAGCCAGUUGAAUGCCCAACAAUAUUUUGCG